AUGAGAAAGAGUAAAAGCGAAAGAAAGUGGAAGAAAGGGUGGGAGUUUGAGAUUUAUGAGGAUGUUGAUGGGGAUUUUGUCAAGAGGGAGGAUGUUUUAUCUGCGGAGAUAAAAGAAAUCAGAAAAAUCAGAGAAAUCAAAGGGAUAAGUGACAUGAGGUGGUUUGUGGGAGAGGGGAUAAGUGGUGUGAGUGAAGACAGGGAAGAUAAUGAGAAUAGGGAGGAGAAUACGACGAAGGCCAAAUUGGCAGAGGAGAUAUAA